AGCCCUUUAUUGUGGACUCAGAUAAAGACAUCGAAGGUAUGAAUAUCGAAGAUAUCGUUGCACUUCACAACUUGGUCUCAAUUAAAAUAUAUUCGCUACAAAAAGAAAAUUCAAAUCUUGUCCAACAAGUGAUCAAAUUUAAGACAUUUUACGAUAAGAAUAAAACUGAUGAAAAUGAGACCAAAGAUACAGAGAGUGAAUCGAUGGACACAUUAGCAGACGAUAAGGGAUUUGAUAAAGAUAAUUUACUGAAAGAAGUGGAAAGAAUCAAAAAGAAAUACAGCAUUAAAAGCAAAAAAUUAGAGCAAAAAAUGGUUUCAAUGAGUCAACGGAAUAGGGCUCACAGCCCUUUAUUGUGGACUCAGAUAAAGACAUCGAAGAAUAAAACUGAUGAAAAUGAGACCAAAGAUACAGAGAGUGAAUCGAUGGACACAUUAGCAGACGAUAAGGGAUUUGAUAAAGAUAAUUUACUCAAAGAAGUGGAAAGAAUCAAAAAGAAAUACAGCAUUAAAAGCAAAAAAUUAGAGCAAAAAAUGGUUUCAAUGAGUCAACGGAAUAGGGCUCACGUAAGACAUAAUCAC